UAGCAACCUUUUCAAUCAAGCAAGCUUUACGCCUUCCACAGCUCUUUCAUUGAUGCUGUCUUGUCCACAUUGGUCCGUCAUGGUUUCGUUCUUCACAGACAUCGGCACCAGGUUAAUCUCAUAUUUUUUUCAUUAAAACCACCGAGCACCAUCUCUUCUGAUAAACAUGGCUCCGCGUCAAGGCAGACAAAACAAAGCACAGCGGCGACAGCGAUCUGUGUUAGAAAUUCAGGGUGAUGGUGGGUUGUUCGCCUUCAAUCAUUUUGCUCUUACUGACCAUUGUUAGUGGGUGGACCUUGAGGCAUUCAGAAAGCACUCCCGAGCGCUUAUUGAAGAAGGGCCCAACCCUACAAGCAGGAGAUCAAAUGAAACAGCCAACUUUCACCUUCAACAAGUUGCCUUUCUAGAGAUACUGUAUGAAACUCGCCGCCACCAAGGAGCUGGCAAAGAAACUACCCCCAACGGCUGAGAAAUCCCAAAUCAAUGGUCAUCGAAAGCGAGUGUUUAAAGCAGAUGAACCUUCCAUGCAUUCAGUCAGACAUCCUGAAAAACAGCGGCGAAUUAUCAGCUCUGGUGGAGAUGUGGUAGGUGGUGUCAGGCAAUCAAAGAACACUGAUUCCCUUCUGGCUGCUCAAGUUUUCAAUCCUCUUCAUCUACCAACUCUUCAACAGCCUUCAUCUAAACCUAAAUGAGAGCACCCGGAACAUGAACAUUCACCUGAUAAUUUCUAUCACAUUUUCAAAUGGUGAUGAACUGAAAGCACUGAGAUCAGCCUCAUCAGUUACUGAGUUCAGAAAGGAUAUUGGCUGUUUGUUCGGGAAACAACAAAUGCCUCUAUACCUCGAGUUUAUGCUCUCUACUCGAACCACAGACGGGCAAAAAUUAGUUGGAGAGACACUCGCAACACUAUGGCCGAGUUUGAUGUCUUCAGAAAAGGAAUCUAUUGUCGCGAGGCUACAGAGUCACUACAAGGAAUUACGGCAGCUGCCGUCGCCAGGUUACUAUGGUAGCAUAGACAAACAAUGCCUUGGCGCGGAAAUACACUCAUGACGGCCGGCAUUUUUACCAGCAAUGUCUUCCAUGCAUCUUCUGUGGCUGCCAAUGCAAAAAUAUUAUGAUUUGAAGAGAUCCCCGGAGGACGCAGACUGCUGAUAAUUGCUCUUUGAAAGUUGUUAUUCUUGACUAGGAGAAGUCCGGUUGGUAUCCAAGUUACUGGGAAUACUGUCUAGCUGUCUGCGCAUUACGAUGGGACCCUGGAUUGAAAAAAUACUAGAUUAUGGUCCUAGGAAUAUACCGUGUUGAUUAAUGACUCAGUGUAUCUUAAUGUUGUUUACUUCAAGGUCGGCUUGGAAAAGCUUCUGUUUAGACAUCAUAAUCUCUUCUUCAAACCAUCAAGGGCAAGCACUGCUGACUGAAAAUCUGUGUGUUGUAAUGCAGCUUUUGAUAAGUCAUUCAAGAACAACACCCAGCUCUUCAGCACAGUAAUGACGAAUUGUAUUUGUUGUCCAGAAAAAAUAAGAUGGCCUUUCAAACAGAAAAAUAGAAGCGCUGCACCUGAAUGAUGUAUCUUAUUAGCCAUGAACAUAAAAUACCAUCUAUGAAAUAUC